AUGCCGGAAAAACGAGACUCCCCCCUACGAUGGAUGGAGACGGCGCAGACUGAUAUUCAGUGGAAGUCCCGUUUCGUGUUGAGCAAUCCCACCGUAUAUCUGACAAAGGUCAAACUGCUGCUCCUGCUGUGGGUGGCAUUCGCGAAUCACACUCCGUGCCAUUCCUUCCGAACCACCGUCGUACCCCGGGCAGCCGAAUGGUCUUCUUGCAGCUCUAGUGCCCUCUGGACACAAUCCAUACUACCUACCACCGCUAGCAAUACCAGUACCAGUACCAGACUCGCCCUUACCACGGACUCUCCCAAGGCUCCCACCCAGGAACGCGCCGUCCGCUUCUAUUUCGAUAUUGCCGUCGCCGACGAACCCCUCGGUCGCUUGACUUUUUGUGUCCCCCGUCCGGAUACCGUAUUCCCCACUCACGUCCAGAAUAUACUCCAACUCGUCACGCAAGCGCGUCGAAGUAUUGAUCCACGCUGUUCCUACGUCGGGUGCGAAUUCCUCUGGACGUUGCCCUUCGUUGAAGGUCGGGCCCAGUAUCGCUGGGCCCACGUGCUGGCGGGCAAGGGACGGAACGCCGUGGGCCCGGCGACGGAACGGUUGGGGAAUCCGGACGCUUCGCAACGACCCGCGCACCCACUUUACGGAGGAAUGUAUUACGGACUCGCGUACGAUGAACUCAUUCCAGGAUACGGUGAAAACGCCGUCCUACUCACCGUACCCCUGACCGGGCCCGGUCGAGGAUCUACCACACUCUCCAUGGUACGGGUAGCCGAAUCGCCACUUGAAUGGAGAGAACGAUUGUUGUUGAAUUCGGCAGUACUCGGCUGGUUGGAACCGUCGUCGGGAGACGUCUUUCGGUACAUGGCGCAACAAACCAAAGGACCUCCCAAGGUGACCGCCUCCGGGGUGCUACCCUGA